UAAAAUAGGCAAAGCCUCGUUCCAGAACCAUACUUACUAAAGCGGCAUCGACGGAGCAAACGUCUGUUGUAAGCUGUUCAAAUUCUUUCAUUUCAACGUUAUCUCUUGGUAUCAGCUGAUCAAAAAUAAGCAAACAUGGUAGAAGGAGGAAUGAAAUGUGUCAAAUAUCUCUUAUUUACCUUCAACUUACUUUUUUUCUUUGCCGGACUUGCUCUCAUAAUUGCAGGAGCCGUUGUACAAACCAGAUUUCGUGAAUAUAUCGCAUUUUUUGGUAAUAAUUUCUCUGCGGCCGCAAUUGUUUUAAUAGUUGUUGGAGGCAUCAUCCUCCUCAUCGGCUUUUUCGGAUGUUGCGGUGCCUACAAAGAAAGCUACUGCAUGACAAUGACAUUUGCUGUUAUACUCGGACUUAUUUUCGUCUUGGAAAUUGCUGUUGGAAUUGGCGCUGCUGUGAUGAAAAAUAAGGUUCGAAAGAUUAUUGAAGAUAAAAUGACCGAGUCAAUGAAGAACUAUAAUGAUGAUCACGAGGGUGUUAAGAAAGCUUGGGAUAGUAUGCAAGAGAAGUUCGAAUGUUGCGGUGUGAAAAAUUCUACUGAUUGGAACACAACUGUUCCCGAUUCUUGUGACUGUCCUGCGGAUAAGAAGACGGAUGAAAAAAUAUGUCAUAAGGAGGAUGGCAAAGAUAUCUUCAAAAGAGGAUGUAUCGAUGGAAUUUCGGAAUGGGUUGAAAAGAACGUCGUAGUUGUUGUUGGAGUUGGUAUCGGAUUUGCUUUCUUGCAGCUUUUCGGAAUCUAUGCUGCCAAAAAAUUGGCUGAUGCAAUUUUGAAGGGUUAUCACAGUGUUUGAAGUUGAUUGGUAUCGCUUUCGCUUGCUGCUUAGCCAGGACCAUUAAAAAGGAAUACGAAGUCGUCUAAAUAUUUAAAUAUAACGCCUUAUUUAAAAAAAGCGUUUAAAAGUUUAUAUAUUUAUAUAUAUAUACAAAAAAAAGUUAUACUAAAAGAAAAAAGUAUAUUGUAUGUUUAAUUGUCAUAAAAAUUUAGCUAAAACUAUGUUUUAAAUCUUUCAUACAAAAGCUAAAUUUUUAAACGGAAAAAGUAAGAAAGUAUCUCUAAUACUUGAUUAGUUUUUCAGUCUAAUAUAUAACUAAUAUAACCCUCUGCCCUUUUUUUUUGUCAAUUAGGUAGCUCUAUUACAUAUAUAAGUAGACAUAUGUUUUAUGCUUUAGGAACAAACUAUAGAAAAACUAUGAACAGCGCACACGUAUAAUAAAAUAUAUUAUGUACGUCGGUUUAAAAAGAUUGUUAAUAUGAUUUUAAAAUGGAGAAUUAAUUGGAAAAGGAUAAUUUCGCAUUUUUUUCUUAAACUUCUCUUUUAAGCCGUAAAAAUAUGACAUAAAUAGGAAAAAAUAUAACGAAACAGAAAAAAAUUGUUUGCAAAUCCUAUGCAUGAUUUAAAAAACGAAAACUUGAUCCCCAUAAUUGAAAACAAAAAACUAUAGUCAUUAACAAAAAUCUGCAUUGUACUCGUUUAAGUGUUCGAUUUUUUGUGUGUGUUUUAUUAUAUAUCUGUAAAUACUCUGUUGAUUUGCAGACUAAAAAAAAAACGCGCAUUUAGAGCUUACUUCGGUAAUUCAUAUUAUUUUGUUCUCUAAAAUAUGCUUAAGAAAUUUUGGAUGUCGUAAAACAAAGCAUUAAACAGUUAUUUUCCUUAUAACAUUCGGUGAAAGUCCACUUAAUAAAAAUCAAUAGAAUUGU